CCGGGCGCCUGUCCCGACCCGCCGUGGGUUCAUCCAACCGGUCCGGGCUGCCUCUUCGCCUCCGUCCCCGCGGGCUGUGCCCGCAGUGCUCGGACCCCGCGAGCUGCGGGGGGCGCGUCGCUGCUGCUGGUCGGGGCUCUAGGGAUAAUAAAUGAUAGAGGAUACAAUGACUUUGCUGUCUCUGCUGGGUCGCAUCAUGCGCUACUUCUUGCUGAGACCCGAGACGCUUUUUCUGCUGUGCAUCAGCUUGGCUCUGUGGAGUUACUUCUUCCACACGGACGAAGUGAAGACCAUCGUCAAGUCCAGUCGGGACGCGGUGAAGAUGGUGAAGGGCAAGGUGGCCGAGAUUAUGCAGAACGAUCGCCUUGGAGGACUUGAUGUGCUGGAGGCCGAGUUUUCCAAGACCUGGGAGUUCAAGAAUCACAAUGUGGCGGUGUACUCCAUUCAGGGCCGGAGAGACCAUAUGGAAGAUCGCUUCGAAGUUCUCACCGAUUUGGCCAACAAGACGCACCCAUCCAUCUUCGGUAUCUUCGAUGGGCACGGUGGCGAGACUGCAGCGGAAUAUGUAAAAUCUCGACUCCCAGAGGCCCUUAAACAGCAUCUUCAGGAUUAUGAGAAGGACAAAGAAAACAGUGUUCUGUCUUACCAGACCAUCCUUGAGCAGCAGAUCUUGUCAAUUGACAGAGAAAUGCUGGAAAAGUUGACGGUAUCCUACGAUGAAGCAGGCACAACGUGUUUGAUUGCUCUACUAUCAGAUAAAGACCUCACUGUGGCCAAUGUUGGUGAUUCUCGAGGAGUCUUGUGUGACAAAGAUGGAAAUGCCAUUCCCUUGUCUCAUGAUCACAAGCCUUACCAACUCAAGGAGAGGAAGAGGAUAAAGAGAGCUGGUGGAUUCAUCAGUUUCAAUGGCUCCUGGAGGGUCCAGGGAAUCCUGGCCAUGUCUCGAUCCCUGGGGGAUUAUCCACUGAAAAAUCUCAAUGUGGUCAUCCCAGACCCAGAUAUCCUGACCUUUGACCUGGACAAGCUGCAGCCUGAGUUCAUGAUCUUGGCAUCAGAUGGUCUGUGGGAUGCUUUCAGUAAUGAAGAAGCAGUUCGAUUCAUCAAGGAGCGCUUGGAUGAACCUCACUUCGGGGCCAAAAGCAUCGUCCUGCAGUCCUUCUACAGAGGCUGCCCCGACAAUAUUACAGUCAUGGUGGUGAAGUUUAGAAAUAGUAGCAAAACGGAAGAGCAGUGAGUCCCUACAGGGCCUCCGCUGCCCCAGACAGAGAACUCUUGACAUACCGUUCUCUCAAAUGUAGUAAAAGGUGUGGGAAUUAUAAUUAGGAUCAUGUGUCCCAACACAGAACCCCUUCCCUGGUGACCUUGAAUCCCUAUCAGGUGGUGAGCAGAGGGUUCCUCUGCUGACACUGUUGAGGGGUGGGAAAGAGUCUGUGGUCCCCAGCCCUUCUAUCAGUGUUUGAAAUGUAUCCAUAGGUAGCCAUUGAUUUCACAUAGGAGACAAAAGGAAGAUAGGCCAUGUAUUCUCCUUAAUGUUUUUUCACGAUCUCUUUUGUGGUCCUUCAGGCAGCUUCCUUGGUGUCCUCUCCGCACCUGUGGGCAGGGCAGGCCUGUAACUGCAGGCAACAUGGCAGUGCAUCACCUGAUGAUGGGUGGUGCCCUCUGCCUGGCAGCUUCCUCCGAAAUGCUUUCUCCUCUGAGCUUGUGUCUUCAGUACUCCGGCAGCCUGCAAAGGUGGCUUGCAACACAUUAGUAUUUGUUGCCUGCUCUUGGAGACUGAGGGAUGCAUAGAGGAUGAGAGCUGGUGGCAGCUUCCUGCACAGUAGACAGCAUCCCUUCCCUUCCCCUUCCUUCCUUCAUUAGUGUAACUGACUGGAGAUGCAGUUAACCAGCCCUAUGCCUCUCCAUGGAGCACAACUUUACCAUUUGCUCACACCUCACAAUGCAUCAAGGGCAGCCGCUGACUUCGUCAUAAGUUUUUGUUGCACCAAGAACCCACAGAAAGGGGAUAAAGUGGGGUGGAAAGCACAUCACAGUGCAGGAUGACUUUCCAUCUCCAGUGAGGAGGACGGCCCGGAUGAGUCUCGGUGCCUCUUGGAGACUGGCUGUCUGCAUUGAAGAGUCAAGCAGGAGCCCAGGGAAUCACCACCUCACUCUCCAGCUGCUGCUGUCUGCACAGACUUCCCCAGGCCGUCUUAGUAGAUUUCACGUCUUUCAAACAGUGUUGGGAGAAACAGCAGCUUAGAAUCACCCAUGAGUGCUGUUCCCAACCUCUGAGACAUGUUUCCCAGCAAGAGAAUGGCCUUUCGUCUUUGGUUGCAAACCUCUGUCCAUAGCCAGUAGCAUUCCCCAGGCAAACACAAACUGCCUGCUGUAGCCUGGAGGGAAAACAGUAGACUGACUCCUGGGGGACCUGUGUGCAUUGGCAGCAGAGCUGGCUGGGAAUUCAAGCAAGAGCCCUAAAAGAAAAGCAGCACAGAGUUAUCUGGUGGCCUGGAUUGCUGCUCUUCCCUUCCUAACACCAAAGCUGUGGGGAUUUUCCCUGUCUCUACUUUAGAAGUUAAUUUAGAGAACAUACAAGGCUGUCCCUUUGGACUG